CCUUUGGCUGAUGCGCAGUCGUACGGGUCCGGGGAGAUCUGCCGCCUGCUCAAGGAGAAGGGCGGCAUGCUCUGUGAGAGUGCGCGCAUGCGCAAUGCAGCAUCCAACUCGUUCAAUCAGCACGACUACGAGAUUGACGGCAGUGAGAUCGACCUGGGCACGUCCAAAGUCAUUGGCGAGGGGUCGUUUGGGGAGGUACGCCUGGCGAGUUGGAGGGGCACGCCCAUCGCUGUCAAGGUGCUGCGAGAUGAAUACGCUGCCAACCCUGCUGCUCUCAACGAGUUCAGACAAGAGCUGCGCAUCCUGCAGUCGCUGCGCCACCCCAACAUCGUGCAGUUUUUGGGCGCCGUCACCAAGUCCCGCCCGCGCAUGAUCGUCACAGAAUACCUCAAGGUGAAUCUGAGGGAUGUCAUUCGCAAGAAGGGCGCUCUGCCCGCUCACGAAGCACUGCGCUACGCCCUUGACGUUGCCAGAGGCAUGUGCUAUCUGCACGCGCACCGGCCAGACCCCGUCAUUCACCGCGACCUCACGCCCAGCAAUCUCCUGCGGGACGACUCGGGCCAUCUCAAGGUGGCGGAUUUUGGCCUGGCAAGCAUCCGAGCCACUGCUGCUGCUCCACCCAGUUCCUCCCUGGGCACAGGGAUGGGCCUAGGCAUGGGGGCCACAAACAUUGUUUCGCUCUUCCAGCCCAAUUUCUCUCGCCGCCUCACCUUUUCCAAACACAGCCACCGUCUUUAUUCGGCACCAGAGUUGUUGGCACAGCAAGAGUACGACAAGAGUGUCGAUUUGCUACCCGGUGGAACCAACCACGGGGGGAAUCUUUUCCCGCUGGCACUUAGCAGCAGCGGCCACAGCUACGCGGAUGGGGGAGCAGAGGGGGGAGCAGGGGGAAGCCACCACAGCGGAGGGGGGAGUCACCAUGGAGGGGGGAGCUUGAGGGGGAGUGAGGGGGAGGCAGCACCGGAAGCAGCAAGGCCGCCUGACAUUGCUCCUCCUGUCUUCACCAGACGAACGUACCCCAUGGGGAUGAAGGAGCUGAUAACAGAUUGCAGGAGUGGAGAUCCGGCAGUAAGGCCUUCCUUUGCACGCAUUAUAGAGAUACUGGAGCAGAUUCAAGAGGAGAUGAACCCCACAGGGAAAAGCGCCCCGCUGCUCUGCUUCGUCACCAAGCCAGCAGCCCCCCCCCUCCGCCUCUACCUUUCCCCCCCUGCUGCUCCUACUGCAGCGGCGGUUUCUGCCCGGCGCCUCGUGCGCCUCUGCCCGGCGCCUCGUGCGCCCUGCCCGCCCGCGCCCGCCCCACCAGAUCGCGCACCUUGCCCCCCCUCCCUUCUCUGCCCUCUCCCUACUGCGUGUGCAGCAGUUUGGGGGGAGGGGGAGGUGGUGUAA